AUGGAUAAAUGCUGUACUUCUGGUGAAACACAGCGAACCCAUCGAAGAAUUAAUGGUUUUGAGCCACCAUUAAAUUACCAUCAAAUAAGCGCUUGGAUAAUUUUUAUUAUUACUGCCAUAAUCAAUUUGCUUUUCGUGGUACAAAUCCAGUUUUUUGAACUAAAAGUGAUAUCGUUUACAUUCUAUGUUAUUUUGUACAUAUCUCAUAUAAUUUCCCAUAUAAUUGCAAUACUUCUUGAUCCCGCGGAAGAAGAACUAAGAAAACGUGAAGUAAAUGAUAUUCCAGAAUUUGACCGUUCGAUUCACGCUCAUGUUAUUGAAAACGGAAGGUGUCAUCUAUGCAAUAUAUAUACCAGCAAUAAAAAAACAAAACAUUGCGGCAUUUGUAACAAAUGUGUUUACCGUUUCGACCACCAUUGUAAAUGGCUGAAUAACUGCAUCGGUCAGAGGAACUAUGCUGUUUUUAUUAUUUGUGUGAUUACGUCAGCGUUAAUAGCUCUAUUAACCGCGUGUUUAUGUGUAACUGACGUUAUUUUAUUUUUUACUUAUCCACAAUUGUUAAGUAUGCAAGCACAAAAUUUUAUAAAUUGUACUUCAUCAAUACAGUCACAAGAUAUUGUAAAAUUCUGCAAGAAUUCUAUUGCAUUUUUAUCACUUUUAUUAAUAAUUUUUAUAAGUGCACUAGCUAUAAGCUGUGCUUUAAUACACUUGAUUUGUUUUCAUGUUUAUAUAGCGAUUUUAGGUUUAACUACGUAUGAAUAUAUAAUGACAACUGGUAAUGAAAAAGCACACCGAUUAAAAUGUUAUAAAAUAUCAAGAGCUAAAAGGUUUCACAUGGGAAGCACAACCAAAAAUAAUACUAUAUCUAGGAAAUUAAAUUCGCCAAGUAAUAAUAUUAUUACACCGCAAAGUUUACAAGUACCAAAUGAUAACAAUGUAGCGAAUUUAAUGCAAAUAUUAAUCAACAAAGAAAUAAACAGAGCUAGAAAUCUAUUAUUUGAUAAAAAUAAGGUGCAUCCACAAAGCUAA